AUGUCUUAUCCCAGUCGGCCGCUAGUCUCGGAGCCGUUUGUCGGACAGAUCGAAACCAUCGACAAAACCUGGAUUGAGGUCCAGAAUCAGCCAUCGACGUAUUUUCCCCGUCGAAACAACCGCGCGCUCAACGGGAACGGAAACAUCAACGCCCACCAGAGCCCCACCUUGGCGCCCUCGUCCAACUACAACAAGUACUACUACUCUGGCCAGCAGGAAUACUAUGGGAACUAUCGGCCCAACACCAACACCAACGCCAGCGUCAACGCGGCUUCGAACACCAUCAACGGGAUGGCCAACAUGGGCAACAUGGGGGGCAUUUCGGGAAUGCCCGGCAUGGGCGUCAACCCUGGCUCUGGUCUCUCUGUUGGCGGUGCUGCCAAUGGCAUGAACAGUAUGGGAGGCAGUAAUGGGGGAGUGUCUCCCAAUGGCCUUGGAGCCAAGCCACUCAACAAGCCGCCUGCUCUCAUGAGCGACCGUCUCGGCAGCGGCAACAGCAUGUCGCCGGUGUCCAACGUGGCGCAGAUCCCGGAGGUUUUUGGCAAGAUGUCGUCGUCUCCAGAGACGUUUUCCACGUUCGACCCGUUCAACGACACGUCGGGCACGCUUUUCCAGCUGCCACUUUUUAAUUCCUCCAGCAACAUUUUGGGCUCCAACUUCACCUCCACGUCGUCGAACAUUUGGGGGAACUCCAACAAGGGUAUCUCUGAUGCCGCUGUGUGGGGGUAG